AAGGGGGCGUCAUUGAUGGCUCGAUGAUGGCUGUCCCAAGCAAGACCUUGCGAACCCGCUAAAUGUGGAAGAUGUGGCAUCACAACCUUUGGUUCGAUAGAAGAAGAUAUCCACAAUAUCCUCUCGUUUUGGUUUCUCCACAACAAACAAACCAACAAACAGACAGAUACUAGUAGAGACAAAAUAAUACACCAUGAUGUCUUCCAAGCUGAUUGUCCGACGUGGUGCCUCACUGAUGGCCCGCAACCACCAACCCAAGGCUACCACUACUACCACUACUCGAGCCAUGUCGUCGGCGGUCCGUACGACGACUAGCCGACAACUUCCCUUGGUAUUGGCAGGUGCCACUGCUGCUUCCACCGUGUUGGCGUUUACUUGUUUUCAGCAACAGAACCAUCAAAAAACCUUUUGCAAUGCAGGUCUUCCCGUCAUUUCCGUGGGAGAAUCCGUCAAGGAACCCGACACGGGAAUCCUGUUUCCUCCCAUGGUCAAUGGAUUUACAUUCCUGGGCUGUGGGGUCCGCAUAAAGUACGUCUUUGUCAAGGUCUAUGCCGUGGGAGCCUACUUUCGACCGGAAAACUUUCUCGGCAUGCCCAAGGACGACAAGGCCAUUGAAACGGCACUCUUGGAUCCCAACAAUCAUCGAACCAUUCGGAUCGUCAUGAAUCGAAGCAUGACCAUGGACAAAUACAACGAUGCCAUUGUAGAGUCGCUCAAGCCUCGUAUGAAUGGACAAGAUCUGGAGACACUGGACGAAUUCAAAAAGCUCAAUCCCAGUGGAAAUCUGGAAAAGGGAUCGGAAUUGAUCAUGACCAUUCGGGGAGAUACACUCCUCUACAAGAAUGCCAUGGGAAAUGUUGGAACCAUCCAGUCGGCAGCCUUCACCAAAGCCAUGUGUGAUGUAUACUUUGGAAGUAGUCCGGUCUCUCCUCCUGCCAAACAGGCGGUCAUGGAUGCCAUCAAAAAACUCUAGGAAUAUCCACAGGAUUGGAAUAUGACAAAAGAUUCAAGGAGUCUUCUGGUCUGGAAAAAUGGUUCUUUUUUGGUUGUUUACAAAACUUUUUGUAGAUGAUGAUUAAGGGAUCUUUAAAAGCUGCUAAGGCCACAAAGAAUCUGACGAGGAUAAUCCACAACAAUGCCUGUUUCAUUUAGCGUUUGGCUGGUGACAGGAAAUAAUAAUCUAUAGGAUUUGCAUUUUUGGAGGUGCUGCUGGGUCUACAGGUUUCUCAAUGGCACACGCGGUCAAAUGAAUUUGCUUAUUUUUGCGCCGACUGGUGAAGCAAAGGAAACGAUUGUGUACGGUAGAUGAAGCCAAAAAGCUGGUGCCUUAUAAACCAAUCCAAAGCGGCGAAAUGGGUUCUUUACAGUCAGUCAUACACACCCCUCUAGUAGGAUCACGAGUUGCAGAGGAAUUUGUCCCCGUAGAGAAGGAGGGUGUAAGAGAGAGCACUUUAUGGCAAGUUGGGUGAAUACAGUACAAGGAGAGCCCAAAAGGGUGGACCUAGCAGGACGCAAGAGUUGCUUGGGAGCGGGAACCUCCUGUGCAGUCUUGGUCUGUAGCUCUUCAUCAGGCUGACUCUGUAGCUGCUCUCAAGUGGGGUCAGCCGGCUCCAAAAGAGGGUGUCAGGGUAUCCCGCAGGGGUUGCCAAGGAGCUACGGAGAAGCUUGCAAACAGCAAGAGUGUGCCGUACCGGUAAUGCUGGGUAGCAGACAGGCACCAGGCAAACGCUCUGUAUGCGGAACAGGGUUGGGAAAGCAAAUCUACAGCAUUGGGAUGGCGUCAAUAGUAUUGCUUGAUUUGAUUCAUUAAUAAUGCAUUAGUUGUAUUUAAAAUGGCAACUAGACACCUCUCCACAAGUUGCUCUU